AUGCCGACCCCGAGUGACAACACACCAAGCCUGAAUGCCACAUCGAUCGCUGAAGAAAUCUCCACUCGGACAACAUGUCCGCCUGAAAUAGAGAGGCUGUCGUCCUGGCGAGACUCACCUGAAUCUACCGUGGCGGAAAGCGAUGCUCCCGAUAAUGCCCUCUCCCCCACCAUUACGUCGGCGCAGUCCGUGCUGACUCGGUCGGAUGAUGCUACAACUCGUUCAAACCCAGAUGCAUUAAAAGCCAGUGCUGUGCCUGGAACCUCUGCCAAGAGUAUGGAAAAGUCCGACGAAGAUGCUGCUGCGGGAAGAUUGAGCCCUGCUGGGGAAUCGCCACGCUCCUCCAACCAGUCUUCUGUUACUACACCUUCCACUAGUGCACUUUUGAAUUAUGAAUUCUCAAAUAUACGGCUUCUGCCUAAUUACACAUCGUCCUUUUUGCGACCCGGAAGUAAAUUCACCGGCACGCAGCAGUCAGACCGUCAGAUAUACAAUGUCGAUGUAGAGAUAAAGCAUGUUGAUAUGGUUGAAUCAUAUCUUUGUGGAUAUCUUAGAAUUCAAGGUCUCACGGAGGAUCAUCCCACCCUUACUACAUUUUUCGAAGGAGAGAUUAUUGGAACAAAACAUACAUUCAAGACUAGAAAUGAAGCAUGGGGCGCUACAGAGAAGACUGAUAUGCAUCACUGGGCGAGAUUCCCAGCUUGGAGGCCGUUAGCUAAGCAGGCGAAAAGACCGGACUUCACAUACCGCAAUUUCGCCCAACGCGAGCAUAUCUUCAUGCGAUGGAAGGAGUAUUUCCUUGUGCCCGACCACCGUGUAAGGACAAUCUCAGGUGCAAGCUUCGAAGGCUUUUACUACAUCUGCUUCAACCAAGUGGAAGGUACCGUGACUGGUAUAUACUUCCAUGCAAAGAGCGAGAAGUACCAGCAGCUGGAGCUCAAACACGUUCCGGAUCACGGCUGCACCCCUGCUAUCGAAUUUCGUUGA